AUGUCUAAUAUAACCAAUCAAACUGGCAAUGGCAGUAACCUCCUUUCAAAUGGAAUAGCUCAAUCUAUUAUCGUUUAUGGAGUUAUUUCAGGAUUAACUAUCUUGACUAAUAUUUCUUUAUUGGGAUUAAUUAUAUCUGAGCGUAAACUUCAUACUACGUCAAACUGGAUCAUGGCCAGCAUGUUUUUUACUGGAAUUAUCUUUGGACUAUUUUAUUUGUUACCUCGGUGGACACUCUACUAUCAGUGGCUUUAUAAAGACCCAAUCGCAUGCACCGUUCUACCCCUAACAGGCAUCGGAUUAAUUAUUAACUUAAAUUUACAUUUAACAUUAGUCAGUCUAGAUCGAUACUUGUGUGUUAUGUUUCCCAUUAGAUAUAAAAUAAGGAAAACUUGUUUAAUUGUAAUGUUAUCAGUGGUUGCCGUCUGGUUAUUGAGUAUUUUAAGUGCUUAUUUACCCCUUGUUACAAUAUUAAUUCCCCUACCCGAUCGUUGUGCUGAAUUAACCUCAAGCAACCCACUUCAUCAAGCUUACUUAAUCCUUAUUUUCAGCGUUUUAUUUUUCUUUCCAUUGCUUGUCUUAAUUGUGACUUAUACACAAAUCUUGUUCAUUGUUAACAAUCAUCAACGAAAUAAAAUCAUGCACCAACGAGGUAGUACACCAAUCUCACUCAUUAAGCGCAAUAUUCGAGCAAUCAAAUGUAUGGCAAUUAUGAUUGGUAUCUUUAUCCUAUUUUGGUUGCCCUAUAUCGUUAGCCUUUUCAUGUUUUUUUUUCCUGGGUUGGUUACGUCUACAGCACAAGAAUCUGUACGUAACUUACAGUAUUUAGCUUUUUCCUAUCCAGCCAUAAAUCCACUCGUUUACGCCUAUGUUACUGCCAGUUUACGUCGCGAAAUUGGGAACAGGCUUCGUGCUACAUCUACAUUGCUUGAUAAUAUUAUAUUUAGUUGA